AUGCGCGAAGAGAAUAGGCCAAUCGGAAAACGAACUUUGCCUCCUUGGGCGGGAUGAAUCGGAGGCUGCCCUGGAAGCCAAUCAGACGCCAAAGCUAGAAAGGGGUGGACCCUGGCUCUGCACAGCUAGGGCUGUCGCCGCUGCUGCACCUAUCGCUGUCACAGCUGCUGCUGCCUCUGUCCAGCUGAAAUGACCGUGGAGAGGCCUGAGGGAGCCCCCGGAGGCGCGGAGGGGAGCCGUCAGGUAUUUUCCCCCAAAUCCUCCCCAGACACAGAGGCAGGAGAGGAGCUGUCUGGGGAUGGGCUGGUUUUGCCCAGGGCCAGCAAACUUGACGAGUUCCUCAGCCCAGAGGAGGAGAUAGAUUCUACUUCUGACUCAACUGGGAGCUUUUACCAGACCUUACAGGUACUGAAGCAGAAAGGCAGACCGUGUCUGUUGGAGUCUCUCUUUCAGUCUGACCCAGAGAGUGAUGAAAACCUCUCUGAAGAUGAGGAGGACCUGGAGAGUUUCUUCCGAGACAAGGGCAGGGGGAAGGUACAGGUCCAGUGCCCCCAGGCUCUGAGGUGUGGCUCCACAAGGCGCUGCAGCUCCCUGAGCAACCUUCCCUCCAACAUUCCCAGGGCUCCGACCCAGCCUCCCUCAGGCUCCCGGCCUUCCUCCCAGCACAGAAGUGUCAGCUCCUGGGCAUCAUCCAUUACUGUCCCUCGGCCAUUCCGCAUGACACUGCGAGAGGCCCGGAAGAAGGCCGAGUGGCUGGGCUCACCUGCCUCUUUUGAGCAGGAGAGGCAGCGGGCCCGGAGGCAGGGUGAGGAAGAGGCUGAGUGCCACAGGCAGUUCCGGGCACAGCCUGUGCCUGCACAUGUCUACCUGCCCCUCUACCAAGAGAUCAUGGAGCGCAGCGAGGCCCGAAGGCGGGCAGGGAUUCAGAAGAGGAAGGAACUGCUCCUCUCUUCUUUGAAGCCCUUCAGCUUCCUGGAGAAGGAGGAGCAACUAAAGGAAGCUGCUCGACAGAGAGACUUGGCUGCCACAGCUGAAGCCAAGAUCUCCAAGCAGAAGGCCACCAGAAGGAUCCCCAGGUCCAUUCUGGAGCCAGCCCUUGGGGAUAAACUCCAGGAAGCUGAGCUCUUCAGGAAAAUUCGCAUCCAGAUGAGAGCCCUGGACAUGCUCCAGAUGGCCUCUUCCCCUAUCGCCUCCUCUGGUAACCAGGCUAACCCCCAGCCCCGCACAGCCACCCGAACCCAGCAGGAAAAGCUUGGGUUUCUGCACACUAACUUUGGAUUCCAGCCUCAGGUGAAUCCCAUGGUCCCUGACUAUGAGGGCCUUUAUAAGGCCUUCCAGAGAAAAGCAGCCAAAAGAAGAGAAACCCAAGAGGCCACUCGCAACAAGCCCUUCUUGCUGAGGACCUCCAGCCUGCACCACCCUCAGCGGCCCUGCAAUGCUGCCACCACCGGAGGGAGGCCGGAUUCCCCACAGCCACCAGCUCCACCCCUGCCAAGCAGUCGUUCUCCGAGUGGCCUUGCUUCCCUCUCUGCCAACACUCUCCCUGUGCACAUCACAGAUGCCACCAGGAAGAGGGAAUCUGCAGUCAGAAGUGCACUUGAAAAAAAGAACAAAGCAGAUGAGAGUAUUCAGUGGCUGGAGAUACACAAAAAGAAGUCUCAAGCAAUGUCCAAAUCUGUGACCUUGCGUGCAAAAGCCAUGGAUCCCCAUAAAAGCCUGGAGGAAGUGUUCAAAGCAAAGCUGAAAGAAAACCGGAACAAUGACCGUAAAAGAGCGAAAGAAUAUAAGAAAGAACUGGAAGAAAUGAAGAAGCGAAUACAAACAAGGCCGUAUCUCUUUGAACAAGUUGCCAAGAAUCUAGCCAAGAAAGAAGCAGAACAAUGGUAUCUAGACACCCUGAAGCAGGCUGGGCUGGAGGAAGACUUUGUGAGAAACAAGGGUCAAAGCACUGGGACUGUUCAAGAGAAGGAGACCAAAGUCAAGGAUUUUCCCAGGUUCCAAAAAACUACAAAAUUCAGCAUCAGAGAUCCAGAGCAGGGUUUAGAAGGAUCUCUAGAACAGCCUGCAAGCCCCAGGAAAGUACUGGAGGAGCUGCCUCAUCAAUCACCAGAAAAUCUCCUAUCACUUGCUUAAUCACUACACUUAAAUCUCUGCUUUUGAAAAAUAUUAAGCAGCUAACUUGGGUUUGAGUCAAGGCAGGAAAAACUUGGGUUUCAAGUCAUGGCUACUGCUAGAAGAUGGGGAAAUGAAGAGUAGCAGAUUAAUAGGCUGGGCGCAGUGGCUCACGCCUGUAAUCCCAGCACGUUGGGAGGCUGAGGCUGGCGGAUCAUCUGAGGUCAGGAGUUUGAGACCAGCCCAGCCAACAUGGCAAAACUCCGUCUCUACUAAAAUUACAGCUGGGCGUGAUGACACGUGCUUGUAAUCCUAGCUACUUGGGAGGCUGAGGCAAGAGAAUCACUUGAACCCAAGAGGCAGAGGUUGUAAUGAGCUGAGAUCAUGCCACUGCACUCCAGCCUGGGCAGCAGAGCAAGACUGUCUCAAAAAAAAAAAAAAAAAAAAGGGGAUAACAGGGGAUGGUUGAAGGAAAUCAAAGUGGGGAGGCCCAGGUGGAGGGAUCGUAGCCUAGAGUUAAGGGUUCCUGCUUUGUGCCUCACACUUAGAGAAUAGGUACAGAAAAGACAGCACAGGCCCAAAUGCCUAUAGGGGCUAGUGCAGAAACAAAUGCAUCAGUGGAGUGGGUGUAGACAGUAGGAGACGGUAGAGACUGGCAAGUAUCAAAUCCUGCUAGAAUAUAGGCUCAGAGUUAGUACAUCAACCAUGUUUUCAUCAAGCCAGAAAUUUGUAUGCUACCAACUAAUUUAAAAAUUACUUAAGAAAUAUUGUAUGGGCAAAAUAGAAUACAUCUGAGUGUCAGAUUUAGCCCAUGGGGGAUGAAAAACUUACAACUUCUAGUACAGGGUUUCUUAUCCUCAGUGCUAUUAAUAUUUUGGGCCACCUAAUUCUUUGUUGAGGGUUGGGGAAGGGAACUGUCCUGUACAGUGUAGAACCUUUAGCAGCAUCCCUGGUAGAUGCCAGUAGUACCCCUCUCCCCAGUUGUGACAACAAAAAUGUCUCCAGAUAUUGCCAGAUGUCUGCAGGGGGCAAAAACGUCCCUGGCUGAGAACCACUGCUCUAAUACAAAAGGCUGCAUGAAGCAGAAACUGGCAUUCUAAGAAUACAAGUAAUUGCCAUGAAUACAGUCUACACACUAUGUGAUUACGCAUGUUAUUAACAAAUUAAGAAUAAUUUAAAACAAUUCUCUCCUGUUAUCUGUUUAGAAUGUGCCUGUGUGUUUAUGUAAGCAUGAGGUUCAUUUUAAAUAAACUUAAAAUUUCCCAGACAA